AUGGCCGAGCUCAACCUACCCAACAUAAACCCCGGAAUCAUUCAAGAAGGGACCUAUGCAUUAAUCUCGAAAGUGUCGGGCGAUGUCAUCCGAACAAUAAAGAUCAUGACCAACCAGACGAUUCAAAUCGAACGCUUGAGAGUUCAGGCGAAUGAUCUGGUUGGUGCCCCUUACGGAUUGUUCUCCAUCAACACUGGCAAUGCUGCACCGAUUUCCGUGGCGCAGCUGCAGCGAGAGGGCGAAUCUAUCAAUCUGGAUAUCCAAUUUGCCGAGCCCGAGCCAUCAGUGGAUUCCGCCCCUAUCGCCCCUUCCAGCGACCAAUUGGCCCUAAAUGAAGCACAGGCCCGCCAACGCUACACGGAAGAAGAGAUUUCCGAGAUGAAAAUGGCUGGUACCAGCUCUACAGAUUUAGUGAACAAAUUGAUCGAGGGUAGUUCGACAUUCCAAAACAGAACCGAACACGCCAAAGGGAAAUACAUUGAGAAGAAGCGAAAGAAGCACUCUGAUCGUAUCCUCGUAUUGCGCCCAACAGUUCGUUUGCUCUGCGAGAGUUAUUACAAGAAGGAUCCAGAGCGAGUCGCUAACUUACGAUGGGACCAGCUUGGCCAUGUCCUCCAGCUGGCCGGGAUCCACGCCGGAAAGCGUGUCGCUCUAUUCGACCAAGUUUGCGGGAUAGGAACGACUGCGAUUCUGGAGCGUCUUGGAGGCCGCGGCUCGCUCGUACAUCUACACCGCGGAAUGCAAGCCCAAGGAAUGCCCUGCGUUCAAGCAAUGAAUUUUUCUGAACAGUCGAUGCUCACCCUACAAACACUACGAAUCGACACUCUGCUGAACGAUGGUGUCCCCUCGGAAGAGCGCUAUGUUCGUGACCAGCCACCGAGAGAGCCCGAAGAGGAGCUGAGUGAGGAGAAGCAGGCCCUAAACGUGAUCUCCGCCGAAAGACGGGCUGAAAGGGCGGCGGCACAAAAACUGGCAUGGCAGAUCUUGCAAAAUGGCGUCGACUCGAUUAUCAUUUUCACGAAGACACUUGACCCAAUCAACGCCCUGGAAUAUCUUUACGGCUACCUGAGGCCGGCGGGGACGAUUGUGGUGUAUGGUCCUGUCCUUCAGCCCAUCAUCGCCACGCACAAUUGGCUACGCACCAAGAAUGCGGUGAAUGUCCAGAUGCAAGACCAAAUGUACCGGAUGCAUCAGGUCCUCCCCCAACGCACCCACCCGUUGAUGAGCCAGAUGGUCCUCGGCGGCUUCAUCGUUUCCGCUAUUAAAGUAAUCUAUGACGAGCAUCACUUGAAAAGU